GUGAGUAUAUUUCCAGCAAACUAUUCCUUUAACACCCAUCAUCAUGCACUGCUUCUGCGUCCUCCAGACUGUCAUAGGUGCUUCACAAAAGUGUCACCCUUCUCCUGACAGCAUUCUCACCGGCCAAUGAGGAGCGAUCGUUCCCUGGCACACGCUUCAAACCCUCCACCUCCCUCAAAUAACCUGCCACCGACACACUGACAGAUGCUUCUGCUUUACUGGCGGGCGGUCACUGCGUAGCUGCUGUGAACUUCAAGGUUAACUUUGCUGAAGACUAGGAAACGCUCUGGCAGCUGCAUUGGAUUUAACUGGUUUCUAAGCAGGUGCAGUAGACCUAGAGGUUGUGGACAUUCACACAAGUCAAAGCAUGCAGGAGAACAGCAUGGAUCAGCCCAUGUCUUUAUCGCAGCUUCUGCGUGAGAGUUACCUGGCCGAGGCCCGAGCUCAUCACAGACACGGCGAAUCCAGCUGCAUAGACAGCCCUCGCCGCCUGGUCUACGGGACGCUCAAGGAGAAAGCGGACGACUCCGGUGGGAAAGUAGAUCCACAGUUUCCUGACCUGUCUGCCUUCCUGAGCCAGGAGGAACUGGACAAGAGCGUGGAUCUGGCCUGCAAAGCGUUCCGCAGUGAUCCUCGAGAACGUGAGGAGAGAUCCGACACACAUCCACCAGUGAGCCACUCUAAUGUUCCUUCCAACAAACCCACUCCAGAAACAGAGGUCAUUUCGGAAAGACACACAGUACAGACUCCCAUCCAAGACAGUGCGAUCAGGAACGUCAGAAGUGCUAGGGAACCUGCGGCGGAUUUCAAAAGACCUCAGAGAAACGCUCCAUACGGCUUGGAGACCCAAUCCAAGAAGGAGUUCCUCAACAAAGCAGCUGACUUCAUAGAAGAGCUUUCGUCUCUGUUUAAAGCCAACAGCUCGAAGCGAAUUCGGCCUCGUACUUGCAAUACCCACCGGAGACGAUACCAGAAUAAGACCCAACUUGAUGGCACUUCAUACUCCAUUAAUGCAGAAGAUCGAGAAAGGCCUAUUCUGCUCAAGCAACAGAUGGAGGAGCCAGUGGAGAACAGUGGAGUCACGGAGGAGCCGUAUGAGGCAGAGGAACCUCAGGAGCCGGAGCCGGUGUGUGAGGAACCGGCUCUGAUUCCACCGGAGAGCUCAGAGGAACCCGUGUGUGAACCUCCACACUUUAUACAGAGACUCAAAAGCAGGGAGGUUCCUGAGGGCAGUAAAGUCCAGAUGGAUUGUAUCGUCAGAGGACUGCCUGCUCCUGAAGUUCGGUGA